AUGUUUCGCUUACUCAACCAUAUCGCCCUCCUAGGCCUUCUUUCCAGCACUGCACAUGCAGCAGCUUGUACUCGCUGCCCAAUCUCAAUCACCUACACCACACCAGCUGGCUGUCCGGCCAUCAACUGCCUUGAGCCAACCUGUACCGUAACAACCACAACAUCCAUUCCCACCUCCUACUGCGCCACAAAGACCCGCACAGCAUGUGUACGCUCCUGCGCGCCUUGCUAUACCGAAACCAUAACCGUCGAAGACGACCCUGUCAUGGUCCAACCGACCAUUGCUCCCGAGCCCAGCACAGAGCAGCCCAUCGCAGACCCCGAACCCACUAUCAUAAAACCAACCAUCAACCCAGGCGGUCCCAUCAUCCUCCCUACCUCUGAGCCUUCUCCUACCAAUGUCCCAGGUCAAUGUGCUCCAUACACUGUCACAACCACGGCAAUCAAUCCGGCAUGCACAUUCGACACUUCAGAAUGCAUAAGACCGCUUUGUGUAUUCGAGACUACGACUACGGUGCCAAGCUGUGGUGAGGCGGUCACGCAGACGGAAGUUGCGGUUUGUGAGACCGAGUGUCCGGCUGGUUGUGCUUCUUUUACUUAUACUGCUACGUCUGGAGCUGAGGUUGUGGCAACCCCCAUUGCUACUUUGGAUUGA